CCUCAAUCCUCAUCAGAUUCAAAUCCGCCCCCAAUCCCCAAUUCCCAAUUCCCAAUCCAAGAAGACCAAGAACAAUUCCCUGCCCUUGCCCUUCUAAGGGUUUAAAUCUCCCCUCCUCUCCCCGCCCCACCAGUUUUGCUCCACCUUUUUCACUCUGUAAAGUCGCCAACUGAGAAUGGACGCGGGCUACAAUCCUCGCACUGUUGAAGAAGUUUUUAGGGAUUUUAAGGGUCGAAGAGCGGGGCUUAUCAAAGCCCUCACCGCAGAUGUCGAAGAAUUCUUCCAGCAGUGCGAUCCUGAUAAGGAAAACUUGUGCUUGUAUGGAUUUCCUAGCGAGCAAUGGGAAGUGAAUUUGCCGGCUGAGGAAGUCCCUCCUGAACUUCCUGAGCCCGCCCUGGGCAUCAACUUUGCUAGAGAUGGGAUGCAAGAAAAAGACUGGCUAUCCCUCGUUGCUGUCCACAGUGAUUCCUGGCUGCUUGCUGUCGCCUUCUAUUUUGGUGCUCGAUUUGGAUUUGACAAAGCUGACAGGAAGCGUCUGUUCAACAUGAUCAAUGAUCUCCCGACUGUUUUUGAAGUUGUGACAGGUGCUGCCAAGAAGCAACAGAAGGAAAAAUCUUCGGCCUCAAAUCACAGCAGCAACAAAUCCAAGUCAAACUCUAAAGCGGGAAAGUCUUCAAAGCCACAGCCAAAAGACGAGGAAGAAGGCUUGGAUGAAGAAGAAGACGAGGAGCAUGGCGACACCUUAUGUGGCGCCUGCGGCGAGAACUAUGGAACAGAUGAGUUCUGGAUAUGCUGCGAUGUCUGCGAGAAGUGGUUUCAUGGAAAGUGUGUGAAGAUAACCCCAGCUAGAGCCGAGCAUAUCAAACAGUACAAAUGCCCUACCUGCAGCAACAAGAGAGCCCGCCCAUAGCUGCUGCGCUGCGCCGCCAUUUCUUUUACCCCCGGAAAGAACUUCCCAGAUGUCAUCGUCGUCACUGCUUUCCUUAAUUAGAUCCUUUCUCUCUCGUUUGGUCGUCAAAUUUAGUUCUUAACCUGUGAAUGUGAAUGCGUAAUUCCGGUUGCGGUUUCAGUUUCGGUUUCUCCGUUCCUUGGUACAGUAUUAUGUCCGAGUAAGACACCUCUUAUUUCUUAUCAACUAUAUGGUCUUGUCUUAAUAGGUCACUUUGUGAUGAACUGGUUAAGAAAGCUCUUUCUUUAGCUACA